AUGACUGAGCAAGAUGCGGUCGCAUGCAGUGAAAGUUCCAGAAUGAACUCCCCAAGAACACACAGAAUCCCUAAUUUACUGUGGAAAGAAGUUUGGUUACGGUAUUGGUUUGAUAUUGUCUUACUAUUUGCAAUAGUCCUUGCAAAAUUAGCACCAGAUAUUGCAAGAAAUGGUGGCAUCUUGAGAGGGGAAGUAACAAUUGGUUAUGGAGCUGUUUUUAUUAUCUUUUUGGGAUCAGGGUUAUCAAUGCAAACUAAAGAACUAAUUAAAAACAUCUUGCAUUGGAGGGCACAUGUUACAGUUUUCAUACUACAAUUUGUCAUCACAUCUGCAAUUAUUUAUAUAUUUGCAAAUAUUAUCUAUCGAAUGCAAAACCCAAUUAUUUCUAAAUGGAUGUUGGUGGGACUAAUUGUGACUGGAUGUUGUCCAACGACGGUAUCUUCUAAUGUAGUGAUGACAAGAAACGCAGAUGGUAAUGUUUUGCUAACAUUAUGUGAGGUUUUCAUUGGAAAUUUAUCAGGUGCUGUGAUUACACCAUUAUUGGUCCAACUACUAUUCAGAGGUGAUUGGGCAUGGGCUAAUCCAGCUAAUGGGUCAUCGGUUUACAGUGUCUUUCGUAAUGUUAUGAAGCAAAAUCUAAUCACGGUAGUUUUACCAUUGACCAUUGGACAAGCAAUCCAAAAUACAAACCCAGAAGAGACAAAGUGGUUUGUGAGAAAGUUCAGAGUGAAUAUUGUCGGAUCUGUGAUGUUAUUAAUGAUUAUGUUUUCAUCAUUUUCAACCGCAUUUUAUCAAGGGUCAUUUGAAGUUGCUACAAAGAAAUCAAUCUUGUUUCUUUGUGUAUUCAAUUGCUUUAUUUAUAUUCUUUUCACUGUGGUCUGCUUCAUAAUGGCAAGGCCUAUAUUUAUCAAAUGUUUAUUUCAGAAAGUACCAGAUGAUUCGACACCUAAAAGUUAUAACUUUUUCUACAAAGUUUUGAGACCAUUCUACUAUAAUCGUGCAGAUACAGUCUCCAUCAUGUUAUGUGGAGGAGCUAAAACUGCAGCAUUAGGAGUCUCAUUAAUUACUUCGCAGUAUGGUGUGAACAACCCACAUCUUGGCGAGCUACUAGUUCCGUUGGUCCUAUACCAAGCGCUUCAAGUGAUAACAGCUGGGCUUUUAACACCACUUAUGAAACACUGGGUUCAUUCCGAUACUGAUUUCUAUUUGCCUCGAGAACAACUAUUAGAUGAAGAACAUACCAGUGAUAUUUAUAAUAGUUUCAGUGAUAAUAACAAUAAUACUUAUAAUUACUCUUAG